AGACAUUCAUAAUCAACAGUUUCUUGCCAGUUAGGUCAGUGCCUAAGGGCCUCACUGUGUUUCCUUGGAACAUGAGAUGCUAACUUCUUUCCAGGUAGAGAGCCUUUGCUAAUCACAAGAUAAAAUCCCACAUUUUUCUUUGGAAUAAAUUAUAAAAAUACAAGCUUUAUUCAAAUUUACUUUUCUUUUUAUCUUUCUGAGUAUCGGGUUUCAAAAGUAUUGCUUAAUAAGUCUGUUUUUAAAGUCACAUUGCUGUACUGGGCACGAUUUGUCCCUAAGGCAAAGAUCACUGCUAUUUUUUUCUGAAAAUACAAAACUGGGAGUCUCAGCAAAUGCUAAUGAUUUAUUAUUGCGCUCAUUUGUUCUAUGAACAUGUGCGUUCACGCCCUCUUUUGAGCACAGGUUUUGUGCCUGCCCUUCUUCCUCCUGCUGUGUCACUGGAGCUUAGCGUCCAGGCAGCCUGACUGCUCUGGGCUGUGGUUCUGCGAUGGCGCCUGCAGGGCUGCCCAGCCUGCUCCCCCUGUGUGUGUGUCUGCUGCUCACACCUGGCCUGGCCGAGGCAGGCAAGCUGCUGGUGGUGCCCAUGGAUGGGAGCCACUGGUUCACUAUGCGGUCGGUUGUGGAGAGACUCAUCCAGAAAGGACAUGAGGUGGUUGUGGUCAUGCCAGAGGUGAGCCGGCAACUGGGACAACUAGCAAAUUGUACAACAAAGACCUAUAAAACUUCUUACUCCCUGAAGGAUUUGAACAGUGAGUUCAUGAAUUUUGCCAAUGAUCAAUGGGAAAAUCGGGGACAAACUUUGUAUUCUUUUUUAUUGACAUCAGCCAGACGUGUUUUUGAGUUAUUUUUUUCACACUGUAGAAGUUUGUUUAGUGACCGAAAAUUAGUAGCAUUCUUAAGAGAGAGCUCUUUUGAUGCUGUAUUUCUGGAUCCUUUUGAUACGUGUGGCUUAAUAGUUGCCAAGUACUUUUCACUCCCCUCUGUGGUCUUCAGCAGGGGAGUAAUUUGCCAUUAUCUUGAAGAAGGUGCGCAGUGCCCUGCUCCUCUUUCUUAUGUUCCCAGAAGUCUCUUAGGUUACCUGGAUGCCAUGACUUUCAAGGAGAGACUACGGAACUCUCUCUUCCACUUGGAGGAACACUUGUUGUGUCCCUAUUUUUUCAAACCCGCCUUAGAAAUUGCCUCUGAAAUCCUGCAGACACCUGUCACAGUAUCUGAUCUCUUCAGCCACACGUCAGUCUGGUUGCUGAGAACUGACUUUGUUUUGGAAUAUCCUAGACCCCUGAUGCCCAACAUGAUCUUCAUCGGGGGCAUCAACUGCCACCAGGGAAAGCCAUUGCCUGAGCCUGACUGUGGUUCUGCGAUGGCUCCUGCAGGGCUGCCCAGCCUGCUCCCCCUGUGUGUGUGUCUGCUGCUCACACCUGGCCUGGCCGAGGCAGGCAAGCUGCUGGUGGUGCCCAUGGAUGGGAGCCACUGGUUCACCAUGCAGUUGGUUGUGGAGAGACUCAUCCAGAAAGGACAUGAGGUGGUUGUGGUCAUGCCAGAGGUGAGCCGGCACUUGGGACAACUAGCCAAUUGUACAACAAAGACUUAUAAAACUUCUUACUCUCCGGAGGAUUUCGACCGUGAAUACAUGAAUUUUGCCAAUGAUCAAUGGGAAAAUCGGCGACAAACUUUCUAUUCUCAUUUAUUGACAUCAGCCAAAGGUGUUUUUGAGUUAUUUUUUUCACACUGUAGGAGUUUGUUUAAUGACCGAAAAUUAGUAGCAUUCUUAAGAGAGAGCUCUUUUGAUGCUGUGUUUCUGGAUCCUUUUGAUAUGUGUGGCUUAAUAGUUGCUAAGUACUUUUCACUCCCCUCUGUGGUCUUCACCAGGGGAGUAAUGUGCCGUUAUCUUGAAGAAGGUGCGCAGAGCCCUGCUCCUCUUUCUUAUGUUCCCAGACGUCUCUUAGGUUACUCGGAUACCAUGACUUUCAAGGAGAGACUAUGGAACUCUCUCUUCCACUUGGAGGAACACUUGUUGUGUCCCUAUUUUUUCAAACCCACCUUAGAAAUUGCCUCUGAAAUCCUGCAGACACCUGUCACAGUAUCUGAUCUCUUCAGCCACACGUCAGUCUGGUUGCUGAGAACUGACUGUAUUUUGGAAUCUCCCAGACCACUGAUGCCCAACAUGAUCUUCGUCGGGGGCAUCAACUGCCACCAGGGAAAGCCAUUGCCUGAGACACCUGUCACAGCAUAUGAUCUGUACAGCCACACGUCAGUCUGGUUGCUGCGAAGUGACUUUGUUUUGGAAUAUCCAAGACCCCUGAUGCCCAACAUGAUCUUCAUAGGUGGAAUCAACUGCCACCAGGGAAAGCCGUUGCCCAAGGAUUUGGAGAGCUUCCAGACUGCUGAAGGUGUGAAGAGAGGUGUGCCAGGAGAGGGAACAGAAGCUCCAUUCUCUUUUCUCCCUAUCUCGCUAUUUGUGUUUCUUCAUCUGGUUGCUCAUCUGAUGGCCUGCCUUUGCCUUCUUCCUGCAUUUCAGAGGGUUUCUGUGGGGGGUUUCUUCUUAGCCUUUUGGGGAAUGGUUGCAGGUGAUAAGCUGCUGGUGGUCCCUCUGGACGGAAGCCAUUGGCUUAGUGUCAGGGAUGUAAUUGAGCAUCUCAGCACCAGGAGUCAUGACAUUGUGGUGCUGGCACCAGAAGUCAAUUUGCUAUUGAAAGAAUCCAAAUACUACUCAAGAAAAGUCUACCCAGUGCCCUACGACCAAGAGGAACUGAAGAAUCGUUUCCAUUCCUUUGGGAACAGUCUGUUUGCUGAGAGGUCCUUUUUGGCCUCUCCUGUGUUUGAGUAUAGGAAUAACAUGAUUGUCAUCGACAUGUGGUUCACCAACUGCCAGAGCCUCCUGAAGGACCCAGACACCAUGAAUUUCCUCAAGGAGAGCAAGUUUGAUGUUCUUCUCACAGACCCAGGCUUACCCUGUGGUGUGAUCCUGGCAGAGUACCUGGGCCUGCCUUCCGUGUACCUCUUCAGGGGCUUCCCAUGCUCCCUGGAGCACAGGUUCAGCAGAACCCCAAGCCCUGUGUCCUACAUCCCCAGAUGCUACACAAUGUUUUCAGACCAGAUGACUUUUCCUCAACGGGUGGUCAACUUCCUUAUGCCCGGGUUGGAGCCCUUGUUAUUUUAUUUUCUGUAUUCAAAGUACGAAGACCUCGCCUCAGAUGUCCUCCAGAGAGAUGUGCACCUACCCACCUUGUAUCAGAAGGCCUCUGUCUGGCUGCUAAGGUAUGACUUUGUGUUUGAGUACCCCAGGCCGGCCAUGCCCAACAUGGUCUUCAUUGGAGGCACCAGUUGCAAAAUCAAGAAGGCCCUGUCUCAGGAAUUUGAAGCUUACGUAAACGCCUCUGGAGAACAUGGGAUUGUGGUCUUCUCUUUGGGAUCAAUGGUCUCAGAGAUUCCAGAGCAGAAGGCUAUGGAAAUUGCUGAUGCUUUGGGAAAAAUACCUCAGACAGUCCUGUGGCGCUACACUGGAAGUCGACCAUCCAAUCUUGCGAAAAAUACGAUACUUGUCAAGUGGUUACCCCAAAAUGACCUGCUUGGUCACCCAAAGACUCGCGCCUUUAUCACCCACUCUGGCUCCCACGGUAUUUAUGAGGGAAUAUGCAACGGUGUGCCCAUGGUGAUGAUGCCCCUGUUUGGUGAUCAGAUGGACAAUGCAAAGCGCAUGGAGACCAGGGGAGCUGGUGUGACCCUGAAUGUUCUUGACAUGACUUCUGCAGAUUUAGAAAAUGCCCUAAAAACAGUCAUCAAUGACAAAAGCUACAAGGAGAACAUCAUGCGUCUCUCCAGCCUCCACAAGGACCGCCCCAUCGAGCCGCUGGACCUGGCCGUGUUCUGGGUGGAGUUCGUGAUGAGGCACAAGGGGGCGCCACACUUGCGCCCCGCCGCCCAUGAUCUCACCUGGUACCAGUACCACUCCCUGGACGUGAUCGGCUUCCUCCUGGCCGCGGUGCUGACCGUGGCCUUCAUCGCCUUUAAAUGUUGUGCCUACGGCUGCCGGAAGUGUUUCGGAAAAAAAGGGCGAGUUAAGAAAACGCACAAAUCCAAGGCGCAUUAAAGAGUGGGUAGGAAAUAAGGUGCCAUUUUAAUCCAUUCCCUGUUCAAUUUCAAACUUGAAACCAGAAGCAGUGUUAAAUUCAUUUUAUUGAGGAAAUACUUUGCAUCCGUUAGUCACUCCCAGAGUGGUUUUUAAUCCAAUUGCUAGUCAGUAAAGCUUUGGAAUAUAUAUGCUGCCCUUGAGUAUCUUUAAUCUGGGUCACAUUUGUCAUCUUUCAAAUAACUUGCAGAGAGAGUUUGCACUCUAUAUUACUUUUCUCAUUGAGAAACUUGGCCUGUUUGGGAGCACAGGAGUCAAAGGCGGUCCCUGGCUCCCCCACUUGGGAUGCAGCUGUUAACCUGUCCUCUGGCUUCACUAUUGAGAUUGAUCCCUUCACCAAUAAUGGUCAGUCUUCAUUUAUGAUCAAGGUGUCAAUUUGUGUGUGUAGAGUAGGGAAUUUUUGUAUUUUUAGGGCACUUGAAUGAAUAGCUUAGCAUCCAUUGAGAAUAGUGUAUAAUUUUUUAUUUGGGGGGAAAGGAAUGAUGUUCUAAAAUUGAUGGGUGGUGUAUGUGAGAGGAUAAUCUUACUUCUGUCAAAUGGAUCUGAACUGAAUGAAAACCCAAAAUAUAAUGCCGGACAACAAUAUUUUCUCUGAUGUUUCCCACAAUUAAAAAUAUAUUAAUAAAUUUAUAUAAAUCAUA